CUGAGGCGCUGCUACUUUCACAUGUAGGCAACCUUGCCGUGUCUUUACGAUGGUCAGUCGGCCUUUUGCUUUCGGAUCGACCGGUGUGCACGUGUUCGCUACUCAUGCCGGUUCCGUAAUCUGCAGCUCUGUGACUGUCGAGUGUUGUGUUUCGCGGGCUUAAAGCAUGCGCUAUUGUGUUUAGGCAGGUGCCAGGAAGCCAUCUGGGGUCGACUCUUACACAUCGCAGUUCCAAGUUUUCAAGUUAUUUUUAUUUCGAAACAGUUGGCACCACGUAGGACUGGACUCGACUUUCCAGGUGUUUGAAUUCUGCAGAAGACCGCCUCUAAGCAGAUAUAAGACUGAGAUAUUUGGAGUCGUGAACAAGUACACUGAGAUUCAAGGAUGAGGACCGGUUGCCGUGGAGACCGCAUCAUGGCCAUAGCAAGAGCAGUGAUCAUUGAAUUCAGCUGUUUUCUACUACUUUACUCUAACGAAGGUGCCGAAGCUCAGCAACGACCAGAAGGAGGGCAGAACGCCGUGAACGUCCUUUUCAACUCGACGUCCUGCAUACAGCAACCGUACACGUGUCCGCAUCCCCGCAUUCAGUUCUAUCUGUACACUCGGGACACCCAGGAGGACCCUGAACUCCUGAACUCGCUGUCUUCCAGCUCCUUGUACGGGUCACGGUUUGACGCGAGUCACCCAACAAAGAUAAUCAUACAUGGUUUUGGUGGCGGUCGCCAUCUUUCUCCUAGCACAGAUCUCAGAGAUGCCUACUUCACACAUGGUGAAUACAACAUCAUCAUCGUAGACUACUCGACUCUAGUCAAGGAACCCUGUCUGAGUCAGAUCAACUGGGCGCCUCGGUUCGGGGCGAAGUGCAUCGCACAGUUAGUGGACUACCUUGGCAGCCACCCUCGUGGAGUCCGUCCAGACGCCCUGCAUCUUAUUGGCUACAGCGUGGGGGCUCACAUCGCAGGGCUGGUUGCCAACUAUCUCACUGCAGGCAAACUGGGGCGGAUCACGGGUCUGGAUCCAACCAUCCUGUUUUACAUGGGGACCAACAGGUCCCAUGACCUUGACCCUACGGACGCUCACUUCAUAGACGUGAUCCACACAGGUGCGGGAAUUCUGGGCCAGUGGGGCCCAAACGGACACGCAGACUUCUACGUGAAUGGAGGAACAAGUCAGCCCGGGUGCGCUCAGAACUCCAUUUUCAGAACUCUGUCCUGCGACCACACCAAGGUGACGCCAUACUUCAUCGAAUCGAUCAACAGCAAAGCCGGGUUUUGGGCAGUGCCCUGUCCUAAUCAGUUCCUGUACUACCUGGGUUUCUGCAACCCGCCCGAUGACCAGUACGUUCUCAUGGGAGAACACGUGUCACACAAAGCUCGUGGAAUAUAUUACCUCAGCACUAACGCGAAGAAACCGUACGCCAAAGGAUUACCAGGAGGCAGACGAGUCCCAGUUAGAGGCGCAAAUACGAGAAGCUGACAGGACUCCAAAAAUUCAAUUCCUGUUUAAUUGAAGCACGCUUAAUAAAUGUCACAUAUUGAUUGGCAUUAUCCAUACUGAAAAUACUGCCUUUAUCAGGUAUACGUGUAUGUGAAAAGCACAAAAACUCAGCUGCUUUCUUGCCAUACAAUGUAUGACGAACAUAAAACAGUCUGCUAAUGUGUGCACUAUGAUGUUACCUUUACACCGCCGUGUCACAGAUACGUACACUAGUACACCGAAAUGUAUCUGAACAUUCAGAAAGUGUCACAAAGUUGCAUGUAAGAGCUACACUUUGACAUUGCGGUUAUGAAAUAGCAAUGUUGCAGUAGUGACAUGUGGUAAAAAUACAGUGAAAUU